AGCGGGAAAUUCCUAAACACAGAGUCGGUGAUGCUGCUAGAUUUCGACUUUAAUGAACGAACUGUUGACGUUUAUAAAAACUUUAUCGGUGGAAUGAGGAGUCAGAAGUUUUCCGUGCUUACGGAAUCGAGGACGACCCAAACUAAUGGUUUCUGAAGGCGGAGUCUUCGCUAAUGCUAAGCUAGCUGUGUACAUGUAGCUGUUUCCUGCGUUCGGGUUCAUGUAAAAACAACAUGGAUCGUUACGACAAGGUGAAGAUUCUACUGAAAAACUGGGAGCAGAGUUUUGUCAAAGAGCACCAGAGAAAACCCACCAAGGACGACAUUGACCAAGCCCCUGAGGAGACCAGGAAUCUAUAUAAGGAGUACCGCAGUCUGAAACAAGCCAGAGAGAUAAACAGCAGGUCCAGUGGACACACUGAACAGUGCAGGAAUACACUGGAGAAAGCUGAGUGUUGGGGUGCACAUUUGAAUCGCACUUCCUUGCCGGCAUCUUCUCCCACUUUGACACCUCUGGACAAAGACAAACUUAAAGCCUCUGCCCAAUAUUAUGGCCUGAAACUUAAAAACAACCUGUCCACACUCAGUAAGGAGCAUCCAGUCUCAUUGAAGAAACCAUUUAUUUCUGGUCGGACGCCUGUAAACCUUUUGAAGGAUCGACAGGCUGAGAAGAGGGGCAAUCCAGUUUCUGAAAGUCCUGAAUCUGUCACUCAUAUAUUGAGCAAGUACAAGUCUUGGCCAUCUCACUCUAAGCCUUUCUCACAGAGAGUGAAGAGUUCUGAUGGGUCUCCAUCUUCACAAGCAUCACAUCCUACAGAGCCAGACGAGCCGUUUCAACCAUUUGAACCAGCGUCUUGUGAUGGAUCUCUAAAUGUUGCCCCAAGUUACAGUCAUAAUGAUGCUGGUACUGAGGGUGUUAUUACUCCAGGCAUUACCUGUGAGAAUCUCCACAUUUUCAAUCAGGAUCAUUCGCCAGUCAGAUCCGCUGCCCUGCUGUCAUCACUACCUUCUCCACGUAGUGAGGCAGGUCAGAGAGGAGAUGCAGCAAGAUUAAACAAAACUGAAGGACUUUCAGGAGACAUGAAAUUAAAUGGUAUCAUAUUUAAUGGGAGCUUAGAUCCUACAGGUUCUGGAACACUGGUUGGACUAAGAGGAAGCCCACAGUGUGUAGGUGGUUUGGGAGGAGGAUUAGAAGGUAGGGGCAUCCAAGGAAAACCUAAAGUUAGCAGGCUGACUUUACUGGACAGAAAGUGGCUUGAGAGGUGUCAGGUGUUUGGGGAGAUGGGGGCGGAGGAGAAGCCUGGAGCAGGAAACCAGGUGACUGAAGGAGGAAGAGGAAAAGCAGAAAUAGAAGAAAAGACAGAGACAACAGGCUUGACAAGAAAUGAAGAGUCGAAGAGUAUUAUUGAGGACAGAAUAGUCAGUGAUGAUACUCCAAAGCUACACCGCACUAGAAAAAGUGAAGGGAAGGAAGGUAUGGAGAUGAAGGAAGGCAAAGAGAAGGAAAGUCAGCUUGUACCACAGCCAAUGCCACACGACGGCGAGAACGGGUUGAAAUCCAAAGAUACUAAAAGAAGAGGCACAAAGAGACUGAGAGAAGAGGAGGUGACAGAGGAGGAGAGAGGAGUGAGUAAGAGGCAGAGGAAGAGCAAAGAGAGAGAGCAGAGCUCUGAUGUAAACUCCAAACCGGCUGAAAGAGGAGGCAGGAAAAAGAAAUCCAACAAAAAGAAUGUGGAACAUGAAGAUACAGAGGAGAAAGAAACUAAAGUACCAGAAAAGGCUCCACAGGAGAACUUAUUAGGAGAAAUCCAGGAGGAAUUUGAAGCUAAAAGCCGGCAUCAGUCGCAGCCUGCCAGAUUCAGAAGCAUGAAAAAUGCAGAGGGCAACUUUGUGAAGAUUAAUCUGAAGAAGAAAUCUCACGUCAAAGGAUUUGCAUUAAGAGGGGUGGCAUUACGUAAACAGAUGUACAUGCAGAAAUUUCAGCUGAAAGGUGAGCGUUUUGGUGGAGGUGGCAGUUAUUAUGGUAGAGGACGACGAGGUGGAUUUACAGGUGGAUUUGGUCGCCAUGGUGACACCUGCUACAAAUGUGGAGGGGUUGGACACUGGGCCGUCGACUGCAAAGGACGAGCCCCUCCACCUCCUGUUUGUGUGGACAAGCCAGAGGAAGACAAACCAUUUGAGCUUCCCACCCUGGAGGAGGUUGCCAGGGCAACAGGAACACUGCGAGAACAGCCACUUGUAGACCAUGUAAAGGAAGAUCCGCAGAGACAGGACAGAGUGGACAGUAGCCAUAAGGACGAUCAGUUGUUAAAUGUGAUUCGCCCUGAUUAUGAACGCCCUGCCCCUCCACCGCCAAUGGAACCACUUUAUGAUCUUAAAGAUGACGGGAAAGUCCAAGGGACACCUACUGAGGUGUAUGCAGCUCUGAGAGAACUUGGCUAUGAGUCGUUUAGACAAGGGCAAGAGGAAGCCAUUAUGAGGAUCCUGUCGGGUCUUUCUACCCUUGUAGUCUUGUCAACAGGGAUGGGUAAAUCAUUGUGCUAUCAGCUCCCAGCCUAUUUAUAUGCACAGCGUUCAAAAUGCAUCACCCUGGUCAUUUCACCUCUUGUCUCGCUUAUGGAUGAUCAGCUUUCUGGGCUGCCUGCAAAACUGCGGGCAGCUUGUAUCCACUCUAAUAUGACAAUGAAACAGAGAGAAGCUACAGUUGAAAAGGUGAAAUCAGGUCAGGUGUGUGUGUUGCUCCUGUCUCCAGAGGCCCUGGUUGGUGGAGGAGGUUCAGGUUCAGGGUGUCUGCCUUCUGCACAUGAACUCCCUCCUGUGGCUUUUGCCUGCAUAGAUGAAGCUCAUUGUGUGUCAGAGUGGUCGCAUAACUUCAGGCCAUGCUACCUGCGGCUCUGUAAGGUACUGCGGGAGCGUUUGGGAGUACAGUGCUUGCUGGGACUCACUGCUACAGCCACGUUGUCCACCGCUUUGGACAUAGCUCGACAUCUGGACAUUAGUGAUCAAGAUGGAAUUGCAGUGAGAUCUGCAGCAGUGCCUCCAAACCUGCACUUGUCUGUGUCCAUGGACAGAGAAAAGGAUCAGGCUUUAGUGUCUUUACUGAAAGGUGAUCGUUUUGGUUGCCUGGACUCCAUCAUUGUUUACUGCACCAGAAGGGAGGAGACUGUUCGUGUGGCAGCACUGCUUAGGACCUGCCUACAGGGGGUGCUAGUAAAGGAAAACUUCCAAAUUACAGACAACAGCCAGACACAAAGCAACCCCAUAGGACAUAGAAAAAAAGAGUUGGCACGAAAGAAGAUACGUAAACCGCUAAAAUGGCAGGCUGAGUCGUACCAUGCUGGCUUGUCGGCAUCAGAGCGCCGUCGUGUCCAGAACAACUUCAUGUGUGGGGAGCUCAGAAUCGUGGUGGCCACUGUGGCCUUCGGCAUGGGUCUGGAUAAAUCUGAUGUCCGUGGUGUCAUUCACUACAACAUGCCCAAGAGCUUUGAAAGCUAUGUUCAAGAAAUUGGGCGGGCAGGUAGAGAUGGAGGACCAGCCCACUGUCACCUUUUCUUGGAUCCUGAGGGAGCUGACCUUCAUGAGCUGCGUCGUCAUAUCUAUGCAGACACAGUGGACUACUACACCGUAAAGAGGCUGGUCCAGAAAGUUUUUCCCCCAUGCAAAUGUAAACUGAUACAUCAAAGGCAACAGGAGCUUCAUGAGGAUGUUGAAGACUCUGAGCUUCUGGGCGUGAUAGAUGUUUGUGACCGUGAAAGCACUGAAGAAGACAUGAAACAAUCCACAGAUCAAACUCUCCACACAGACGUACAAACAGCUUCUGCUGCAAAGGUUUUGCCGCCUCCUAAUGUAGACGAGGCGUCACUGCAACAGAACGAGAAAGAUAGAAAAGAGGAGGGUGAGAAGAAAAAGAUGCCAAUGGGAGCUGAUUCUUCGAUAAAACAUCAAGACAAGCAUGGGAUGGACACUGGUGAUUGGAUGAGGGAUGAUGGAGUGGAGAGCAGUGAUUGGCCAAGGGAGCGAGUGUGUCACACCCAUGAGAGAGCAAUUCCCAUCCAACAGACUUUGGAAGCUCUUGAUAUCACAGAGGAAGGUGUGGAGACAUUACUUUGCUAUCUGGAGCUGCACCCCCAGUCUUUUGUGGAACUUCUGCACCCCACGCUUUCUGUGUGCAAAAUCAGCUGCUACAACGGACCAAGACAGCUCCAUAAAAUCACUAAAAUCUGCCCGCCUGUUGCUGUGGUGCUGGCUAGAAAGAGGAUGGCUGGUGAACGAGUGGAGGUGUGUGACCAGCUGGAAUUUGACGUUGUUGAGGUAGCGGACACGAUGGGAUGGGAGCUUCCGCUUGUGAAGCGAGGACUUAGACAGCUGCAGUGGAGUGCUGAUAGAGGUGGUGGACGCAGUGGCGUGCAUGUGGAAUUCUCCUCACCCUCCUUCUACUUCCGCUCACAUGGUGAUCUAAGUGAUGAGGAGAUGGACAGAGUGUGCCGGUUCCUGCAUAAUCGAGUGCAGGAACAAGAGAGAACACAGCUGUACCAGCUGACCGCCUGCUUUAAGUCCUUCAAGAGUGUGGCAUUCCGCAGUGUGUCGUCCUGCCUUGAUGCUUUGGAUGAGCCUCGCAGUCUUCAGCUGAAAAACCUUCUGGCUGAGUACUUUGACAGGAGGCGAGACAGAUACCUCACGCUGUCACUAGAGGACAGUGAACACCUUGAUAAAUUUAAGCUGUGUGACUUCAAGGAUCAGAUCAGAGCAGAUGUAAGAAGUUUUCUAUCCAAUCGAAGUGAUGAGAAGUUCUCCGGCAGAGCUGUUGCAAGGAUCUUCCAUGGUAUAGGCAGCCCAUGUUAUCCUGCUCAGAUCUACGGCAAAGACAGACGCUACUGGAGAAAAUACAUCCAGUUUGACUUCAACCAGCUCAUCAGACUGGCCACGCAGGAGAUCAUUCAGUUCAAGUGACAAAACGCAUGCACACACUGAGUCCACAUGUAAAUUUGCUUUGGUUCAGUCUGUGCAGAAAAGAU